UGAGGAGACAUUUUCGACCAUCAUUUGAAGACGUGGAGCUAUUGAAUACACAUCGCCCUGUGAUCAAUUUGAUAGAUUAUUAACGUUUACUAAUACCUAAAGUAGGAUUACAAAAGUAGUUUGAAGUGUUUUGUCAAAGUUUAUAGGCAACUUUUUUAAUUUAAAAAAAUGACGUUGCGUUUUGAAACUGUGUUUUUUCCUGGAUGACACAAUCUUCAUAAAUGGACAUUUUGGGUAUACAUGGACCGAUUGAAUCGAAAAAAAGGACCCAAUAGUGAUGUUUAUGGGACAUAUAGGAGUGCCAACGAAGAAGCUCGUCAAAGUGUGUGUUUGUGGGUCGAGCUAGCUACCAGUCAGUCACAGAGAGAUAGUGAGGACGUACAGCCAGAGGAAACAGGCACAUAACUCCUAACAGAGAUGUCUGGUGGUCCCCUCUCCUCCUUCUCCAAACAGGGAAUACUCCUACUCUCUAUCCUCCACUAUGGGACCUGGGCUGAUGUCCCUCCAAUAGACCAGUAUGGCUUGAAGGGAGGUUCGGUAUGUGUGGCUGUUGCAGAACCCCCUGAUCAACUCAAAGGAAUUACAUGGAAGUUCCAAAAGGAUGUAAUAUUGGAUGAUAAAGACAUAUCUCCUAAAUACAAGGAGAAGGUAGAUUAUAACCCAGUGAACCACACUCUGUGCAUUAAGAAUCUGACGGACACAGACAGUGGAAUUUACAUUGCAAAUGCAAAGAAAAUAGAUUGGACAGAUUCAACGUCUUCAUACAGACUUAAGGUGUUGGAAGCUGUUCCCAUUCCAGCCAUGCAGGUGACAUACUACAACUCAAGUACAGGACUUUGUAACAUCACAGUGAAUUGUUCAGGCUGGAUGUUUUCUGUCUGUGAUGGAGGUCAGUGCCCACUGUACCAGGAUUCUCUGUCAGUCUCUGAGGUCAACAUCACUGUUUCCAGUGGUAAUGGAUUCAUCCAGUGUAUCGUCAACAAUCAUGUCAGUGCAGAGGCCAAAUCACAACGAAUGAAGGACACAUGUAUUACUGAGAAGAAGGGGAUCGCUGCAGCAUCACUAGUUGGCAUCAUUGUGGGCAUUGUUACUGGUGGAUUAUUCUUAGUUGGUGUAGGAUGCAUCAUAUCAACCAGAAGAUGGCGAUCCCCCAAAGAAAAACUGCCACUGAAGGCCGUUGUUCCAGAAGUUGACAACCCAGUGAGCGCUAUACCAGGAAGACCAGAAUCACAGAACACCCCUGGAUCUGAGGUGACAUCUAUCUACAUUACUGCAGGGAGACCAGGAGCAGUACCAGCAUCAACAGAAGGAGAAGAGGGGCAUCCAGGGGACAAGGAGUACACUUCACCAGAAGAGAGGAUAGAACCACAGUCCCGCCCACAGGCAGAGACAUUCUACAGCACCCUACAGCUACCAGCUGCAGCACAGCGCCACCCAGUGGGCAAAGGAAAUAAUCUAAAGAAACCAGACACGGUGUACUGCACAAUAGGAUAUUACCCCUCCAUCCUUCUCAGAGACCCACGGAUGUUGCUUUGAUUAAGAUUGACCCAUAGACUCCGGUACCGAAUGCAAACACAGGGGAAAUUAUGAAGGAGAGAAUCAUGAUAAUGGGUUUUUAACAUUUCUGUCUAAUUUCAUCCAUAUUUAAAGUGGCAAUCUGCAAUUCCUACGUACUUUUAAUUGAAUUGUAUAUAACUAUUAAUCCAUGCAGAAUACAACAUAUGCUUGUUUAAUUCCAUGGUUUGUUAAAACUGUAUUUGUAAAACAAUUGGUGGAAGGGUACCCGCGUUGUUAUUAUUUAGACUGCAGAUUUCCCCUUCAGCGAUAGACAGUAUGUAAAACAGUCUUGUUUUCUGUAAACGAAAAUGGAAACAUGCAGAUGAAUACAGUAGCGCUAUACAUGCUUUAAAAAGUGUUUAUACACAAAGCAGUGGUUUGAAAAUGGGAAGCCCAUCCAUUCAAUCAAUCAAUCAAAUCGACCAAUCAAUAAAUAUAUACAUAAACCAAUCAUUCAAUGAAUAAAUAAACCAAGCAACAACCUACCGACUAUGUAAUAAUGUUGUUGUUUUUCAUACAUACUGUAUGUCUAAUUAUUUUAUACGAUGUGAAAUCAUAUUUACAAAUAUAACUAUAAAAGGUAUCUGUCACAUCCAGCUGGUUAUGUGGAGGAACUACAGAUAUGUCAGUCAAUUCUGACUAAAAGCAUUUGUCCUGUGGAUAAAAGCUCACAUAUCGGAGUGGCUGCAGUUCUGGAUUUUCUGUAAACCCGAUAAUCGUUUUUUUAAAUGUAUUUAGAUGCUGCCUACUUCGCUGGCUACAGAGCUGCUGCUCAGCUCUCCACUGCCAUAAGCCUAUAUCAUCACAUACAACGCAGAUUGUUUUUGCUCCAAUGCAAUGUGCGUCCUGCUUGUGUAAUACCCAUGAAGACUCGAGUCUGUAAUCGCUGCCAAAGGUGUUUCAACAAAGAACUGAGUAAAGGGUCUGAAUACUUAAGUAAAUUUAAUAUUUUUCAAAAAAAUCUAAAAACCUGUUUUUUAUUUGCCAUUAUGGGGUAUUGUGUGUAGA